CAUUCUGCUGUUCUCACCAAGGGUGGACAGGUGUUCACCUUUGGGGAGGGAAGCCGAGGCCAGCUUGGGCACAACGCAUCAGCUAACGAACUCCUACCCAAACUGGUAGAGGGUAUGGAUGGACUGGUCUCACAGAUAGCAUGUGGCAGCCAUCACACCCUGGUGCUGGGGUCCUCAGGUCAACUCUGGGCGUUUGGCAGUGGGGUCAAAGGUCAGCUAGGGACUGGCAACACAGAGAGCUGCUUGCAACCCACCUCAGUGCUGCUGAAAAGGGCUUCUGGUGGGGCAGCAAMAGUCAUACAGAACGACAUGAAGAUAUCAGUGGGAUGGAAUUCAAACUUCAUUUACACUGCUGAGAGUUCUGAAAGAGAACAGCCAAUCGGGAGGUUAGAUVAAGCCAAGCUGCAAAAAUGGCUGACGAUGGAGCAAGGAAAUGCAGAGGCGCAAAGAGAAAUAUCCUUGAUGUUCUCAACAAGUUCAAGUCUUGUGGCCAGUUUCACCAAAGCCAGUGAGAUUCCACAAGCAGCCGGAGCUUUGACCGUGGACCUAGAGGCUGCUAGCCAGGCUUUCGACCAGCUACUGAACAUACCUUGGAUUAGGAAAUCAGUAAACAUUGUGCCACUGGUGGAAUAUCUUUGCAUUUCAGCAGCUGUCAUCAAGUCACCAGAGAUCUUUCUGAUACUACCCACAAUCUCUCUUCUCCACGAGGACCACAACGUCAUGAACAUGGUCAUGACUUUAGCAGUAUUUAUCAACAACCAUCUGAACAAAACGGCUAUGAAAACUUUAAAAGACUGGUGGUCGUCACUGGAGCCUUCCAUCAUGACYAAGCAYAUUCUGAUGUGGAAGAAUGCCCUGUCAUUCCUGCUGAGGAACGGUCUUCUGGUUACCCACAACCCUGGAGCCAAACUCUUGCUACAACUCCUCAAGCAGCUCCACAAAGCAAACAAAAGGGCUGGAAGAAUCCAGAAAGUUCCAGACAGUACCUUUUAUGUGGAAGAGAUCAUCGGUAACGUCAUUCCUAUGGAGGACGUGAAGCUUUGGCGUUUUUGGUCAACAAGGGAGGACACAGAGGUGACACCAGUCAUCUUUUGCCGUUACCCAUUUGUGUUGAAUCUGAUCUGCAAGAUGGCUGUUUUCAACAUUCAUGCACAUUUUUCAAAGGAGGCUCACAAACUCGCCCACCGGCUAACAGUGAUGUGUCCUUCUGGAACGUUCCGAGACAACCCAGAAUCUCCCCCUGCUCCAGUCUUCCAGUUGACCUUAAGGCGCCCGUCUCUCAUCGAAGACACCUUCAGACAACUGGGUGCUGCAGAUCAUGACUACUUCCAGAGAGAACUUGUGGUGCAGUUUGUGGAGGACAUGAAGCUGUCCUCGUCAACAAAGGGACUUCUUCCUCCAUGUGUUUGAAGAGCUGUUGGCACCAGAGUCUGAGAUGUUCAUGUAUACGACACCAAGACACUGGUCUGGUUCCCUGCCAAGCCCAGAGUGGAGGAGAAGACUACUUCCUGUUUGGUGUCUUGUGUGGCAUGGCCCUGUACAACCACAACAUUUACACCUGCCCUUCCCUCUGGCCCUGUUCAAGAAGAUGGUGGGGUCAAGCCCUCACUGGAGGACCUGAGAGAGUUUGACCCUGUUGUGGGAGGGAGUUUGCGGUACCUCUUGGAGGACUACACUGAUGAUGAUGUUGAAGAAAACCUGGACAUGACCUUCACCGU